AUGCCCGGGGCUGUCACCGCGGCUCCGGACGCUGCCGCUCUGCACGGGGACCGGGAGGGUUUUGGCUCCAAAGAAAGCGCUUUGUCUUUCCCCAGCCCGGCGGCGGCGGCUCCCGGUGCCCCCCAAGCCGCGGCCACCCCGGCGCGGUCCCCGCGGUCCCCUCUUCCCUCGCUCCCUCCCUCCCUCCAUCCCCCGCCGCCGGCGUGGGGUCCCCGCGGCUGUUCCGCUCUCACCGGGGGCGGCCAGGACGAGCCCGAGCAGCAGCAGCAGCAGCAGCAGCGGGGCCAGGAGCCGGCGCGGGGCGGCCAUGGCGGGGGGCGGCGGGGGGCGGCGGGGGCGGCCGCCGGGGGAGCCGCAUUUGUAGGCGUCACUGAAGCCGCUGGAGGAAGUAGCUGUGCAAUCAAAGUGACAGACCUCGGGGUCAAGGCUCCUUAUGAUGAAGAUAAUGAGGUUUUAUCAAGGCAGAUGUACAGAGGUGGCAUCUUAUGUUCCGGGCUGGAGCAAAGGUCCAGCAGUCCCCCAGGCUGCAGCCUGAGGCUCCCGGGUGUCGCCGUGCCCACAGGCUGCGCUGCAGGGCGGGCACCACAGGCUCCUUCCAGCAGGAAUGACAUCCGGGAUUGCUCCGCGGACCCAGCGUACCUGCCACGGACGGCCACCAACACGACGGCGCGUCUGGCCGCGCUGCGGGGCAUCAUGCGGACCCACGGCGUCCACGCCUACAUCGUGCCCUCCACGGAUGCCCACAUGAGCGAGUACAUCUCCCAGCAGGAUGCCCGGCUGGGCUGGCUCACCGGGUUCACCGGCUCUGCAGGCACCGCGGUGGUGACGCAGGACAAGGCUGCCCUGUGGACUGACAGCCGCUACUGGACCCAGGCAGAGCGGGAGCUGGACUGCAACUGGGAGCUGCAGAGGACAAUCUCGAUCGAGUCCAUCGGGAUGUGGAUCCUGAAGGCGGUUCCUGCGGAGGGGAAAGUCGGUUUGGACCCCUUCCUCUUCUCCAUCGACACCUGGAACAGCUACAGCCGGGCUCUGCACGGCUCCGGCCGGACCCUGCUCCCCCUCGAGACCAACCUUGUGGAUCAGGCAUGGGGUGACCAGAGACCCCUUCCCUCCUCCAGCGAGAUCUACAGCCUCCCAGCAGAGUUCACAGGGAGGAGCUGGCAGGAGAAGGUGGCUGGGAUCCGGCAGCAGAUGGAGCAGCACACACGGCACCCCACAGCCGUGCUGCUGUCGGGGCUGGAGGAGACGGCCUGGCUCUUCAACCUCCGCGGAGAUGACAUCCCCUACAACCCUGUCUUCUACUCCUACACCCUCCUGACCAACACAACCAUAAGCCUGUUCGUGGAGGAGUCGCGGCUCUCGGCGGCGGCGCGGGAGUCGCUGCGCUCGGGCUGCCCGGGGCCGCUGUGCGUGGAGCUGCGGGACUACGGGCAGGUGAGCGCCCACCUGCGCCACUACACCCAGGGCAGCGUCACCGUGUGGCUGGGCACCGAGUACACCACCUACGGCCUCUACAGCAUCGUCCCCAAGGAGAAGCUGCUGGAGGAGAGCUACUCACCAGUCAUGAUGGCCAAGGCUGUGAAAAACGCCCACGAGCAGGAGAUGCUGCGAGCUGCGCACGUCCGGGACGCGGUGGCCGUCAUCCAGUACCUGCUGUGGCUGGAGAAGGCAGUCCCGCAGGGGCACGUGGACGAGUUUUUGGGGGCUCAGCAGAUUGAUGCAUUUCGCUGGGCCCAGGAGCACAGCCGUGGGCCCAGCUUCCAGUCCAUCUCGGCCAGCGGGCUCAACGCAGCGCUGGCUCACUACAGCCCCUCCAACGGGAGCAGCCGGACGCUGUCUGCAAGAGAGAUGUACCUCUUUGACACCGGAGGGCAAUAUCUGGAUGGGACAACAGACAUCACUCGCACAGUGCACUGGGGUGAGCCCACCCCGCUCCAGAAGGAAGCCUACACCCGUGUGCUGAUGGGCAACAUUGACCUCUCCCGCCUCAUCUUCCCGUCCAACACAGCAGGGAGAACGGUGGAGUCCUUCGCCCGCCGGGCACUCUGGGAUGUUGGACUCAACUAUGGCCAUGGGACCGGCCACGGCAUUGGCAACUUCCUCUCAGUCCACGAGUGGCCCGUGGGUUUCCAGUCCAACAACGUGCCACUGGAGGCUGGCAUGUUCACCUCCAUUGAGCCCGGGUAUUACCAGGAUGGCGAGUUCGGGAUCCGCAUUGAGGACGUCGCCCUCGUGGUGGAGGCACAGACUGAGCACCAGAGCGGGGAGAAGCCUUUUCUGACCUUCGAGGUGGUGUCCCUGGUGCCCUAUGACCGCAACCUCAUCGACCUCAGCCUCCUGUCCCCAGAGCAGAUCCGGUACCUGAACUCGUACUACGAGAGGAUCCGGGCACGCGUGGGGCCGGAGCUGCGGCGGCAGCGGCUGGAGGAGGCGUUCGCCUGGCUGCAGGAGAGCACCGAGCCUUUCCCGGUGAGCGGUGCCUGCCCCGCCGCCGCGGGCACGCUGGCCCUGGCCUCGCUGCUCCCGGUGCUGCUCAGCGGGCUGGGGGCCUGACCCCGCACCCGUGGCCCCACCACAGCCGGGUCUUCCCCCGCCCUCACUUCCUUUUUUUGUGGUGUAUUCUAUUUGUUCGUCCGUGAUUAAACAAGAGCAAGGCGGGCCCCGC